CCCGUCCCCCAUGGAGCUCAUCGUCAUCUACCAAAAGACGGUUCCGGAGCCGAUCUUCAAGCUCGUCACCCAAAUGAUGGAUUUGGACAUGACCUCCAAGAUUGAAGGGUACUUCCACCAUUUCCCGCCCAAGUCUUUCAACGUCGCCAUUGAGACGAAGGCAUCCGCAACCAUGCCCGGCACGCGCUCCAUGCUUGUCGCUCAAAAGGACAUCAAGGCCGGAGAGGUUAUCUACAAGGAAUCCCCUAUCGUUGCCACCCUCGACUACGACCUCCACGAGGCCGGCACUCAUUGCAACCACUGUCUGCGCGUCAUCGUCGAUCGCGAAGCUGCCGUUACCACCUCCGACAACUUCAAGUCCGUCUUCUGCUCCUCCGACUGCCAAAUUGCCGCCAAAAUGCAGUAUCAGAACCUCCUCUUCAGCCUCGAGCCGCCUUUGCCACCACAGAUGUCCCUCCCAUUGCCCGAGGAACAGAAGGAGCAGCGCCAGGCGGCCCAGGAAGCCCUUGUCUCCCACCUCGCCGCGAACCCUGAGCGCACUGGCUCUUCGCUCAUCGUCGCCGAGCUCGUUGCGCGCCAGCUCGCGCUCGAGACGGAGAAGAUGAUCACUGCGAUGAUGCCUGGUGCUGCACCCAAGGCUCCUGGAGGCGACUUCACGGACGCUGAGGGCGGUGGGUACUUGUUGGCCGACCACCUUGAGCGCUUGCGCUUCUUGGAGACAGAGGCGCCGAGUGAGGAGGUCAAGUUGCUGUCGGAUGUCCUCGCAGCUGCCCUUCCCGGUCUCGAGGCAUUUGAUACCCCAGAACGCUAUGCCACCUUCCUCGGCAAGGUUGCAUACAACUCGUUCGGUGUCUGCUACAACGGCGGCCGCUUGGACAGGCCCGAGUCCUACACCCUCAAGACCCGCACACCCUUCGGCACCUCCCACCAGGUUGGUUCCGCCUUCUACACUGUCUCCUCUUACCUCUCGCACUCCUGCACUCCGAACGCGCGCCCCUCCUUCGACGGCGAGAGCGCCGCGGAGGCGAACCCCGACGGCACCACCGAGCUUGCCACCGACGGCUCCGCGGAGCUCAAGCUCGUCGCGACGCGCGACAUCGCCAAGGGCGAGGAGCUCAGCGUCGCGUUCAUCGACGUCGCGCAGCCGCUCGACGCGCGCCGUGCGGAGCUGCAGGCCGGGUGGAAGUUCGUGUGCACGUGCGCGAAGUGCAAGGAGGAGGCGGAGGCCGCCGCGGGCGAGGGCGAGAAGGUCGAGUUGCCCGCGGAGGACGCGAGCAAGCUCGAGCCGACGAUGAAGCGUUUUGAGAAGACGACGGAGGAGGUGCCGGCAGCGUAAUGCCUUGCGGUGCCACCUUCAUCGCCUUCGUGAGCGAUGAGGAUGAGCGGGAAGGUGAGAGCGGUGAGAACGAGGCGAAGACAAGGCGUGUGGAGACGACCUUGACGAAACGAUGAUACCUAGGCCGCCUAAGCGGCCACGUACUGUAGAACGACGAUGAUGUCCGUAAUGUAACGUUCGCUACAUCCACCGCAUCCCCCCUCACACAUUCGACGAAAGUAAAGUCGUAUACUAUAUCACCAUCUAGUGAAGUGCGACCGCGCAGUGCUCAACUGCAUUUUGAGUAGAGGAAAAAACACUAGGCUGCGU